UAGCAUACGUUUUGCAGUUGUGAUUCAUCUGCGUUCCGUGGAAAAAGCCAGUCAUUCCGCGGCCCAGGCUACUAAAACCAACACAGACAUCACUUCACUCUUCGUUUAAACUCACCUUGCCAUUUUUAGGUGUCCCGUUAACAAAUAAGUUGCUGGUGUUUCAUUCAACACAAUGUCUAAUGAACCGCAGUGUUCGUGUUGCUCCCAUCCUGUCUCUACUCACAGUGUUCAUCAAACUCUCGAUGAAAUGGAUUUUGAGCGAGGAAUCUGGUCUGCAGCAGUGGAUGGAGACUUGGACAGAGUCAAGUCCUUCAUCCACAAAGGUACAGACCCAAACCUGAGAGAUUCAUCAGGGUACACAGCUCUGCAUUACAGCUGCCGGAAUGGUCAUUUGACUAUUUGCAAGUUUCUUUUGGAGAAUGGCGCCUGUGCAUCACCUCAGACACGAGGCGGAUCCACGCCACUGCACAGAGCAGCUUACUGCGGUCAUCUAGACGUGGUCAGACUCAUUCUUCAUCAUGGAGCAGACCCCGGGAUUUGUGACAACGAUGGUGCUUCUGCCUUGCAUAAGGCUGCAGAACAAGGUCAUAAAGAGGUGUGUCAGCUGCUUGUGGAGCGUUGUCCAGCUCUCUGCAGUCAGGCAAACAAGAGGCUUCAACUUCCCUACCAGCUGGCUAAACAUGCAGACCUGCAGGAUCUCCUGAAACCAUCUCUGUGAUGACUGGUUCUUACGCUGCCAAAGUUUGGACACAUAAAUAAAGAGAUAUUGCAACGUAUUUUAAUCA